AUGGACCUACGUUGUGACACAACAGCUGCGUCUCAGCCUUCAUCCCCCACCUACAGGCUGAGAAAUGACUGGUGGGCUGGCUGGGCGGUUGGGCAUGAUAGCGAGAAGGUUCUACCAGUGAUCGACCUCGGGCUGGCGAAGGGGCCCACGCGGAGUGCCCUGGUGGAGCAGCUGCGGGACGCCCUUACCACGGUGGGCUUCAUCUACCAAGGCGUGGAGGGCUUCGACGAGGUGGAGCUGCUCAGACUCACUAAAUGGUUCUACAGUCUGCCGAUGGAGAAGAAAAUGGCCAUCUCCAAGAAGUCCUUCAAUCCUCAGAGCAGUUACGAGUACCGAGGAUUCUUCCCUGUUAUCCCCGGAGCUGUGUCUCAUAAGGAAGCCUUUGAAAUCGGGCCACGGAAGGAGGAGUGGACCAAGAUGCCAGAUGACUCCGUUGCGGCUAGAAUUUUCUGUGAGGGUAACCAGUGGCCAGAGGAAGACACGGAGAUGGGGAAACACUUCAAGGUUUGGAUGGAAAACUACCACUACAACAUGACGGAGGCUUCAAUUGAAAUCCUUCGUCUCAUUGCGGAGGGUUUCGGGGCUCCUAGUGACUUCUACACACCGAUCUUCAUCCCCAUGAGCAACAGUCUGUCCACCCUGCGCCUCAUUCACUACCCAGCCCGCCCCAACCCUCCGGAGAGUGCCCGUGACGGUGACUAUGUCAUUCAAACCGCUGAACAUCACGACUCAACCAUGGUAACGCUCCUGGCCACCUUCCAGGAGUACCCAGGUUUGCAGGUGCGCUGGUGGAAGGACAACUCUAUCAUUGACGUGCCUCACAAACCAGGCCACCUCGUCAUGAACAUUGGGGACCUUCUCUCGCACACCACGGGAGGCAAGCUCAAAGCCACCAAGCACCGAGUUGUGGAUACCUGUGGCGAUAGGUUCUCCGUUCCGUUCUUCCUGGAGCCUCGAUUUGAUGCCAACGUGAACGUGGCCCUGCCUGGGGAGACCCUUCAAGACCCCACCACCAAGAAUUACGGGCCCUGGUUGUUUGAGAAGAUAUCCAAGUGGGCAGAGUACAAGGACUUGGUUAGAAGGCUGAGUGAGACGGAGAGGGCAGUGGUGAAGGAUGGCCAGAGUAUGUAAAGGACGAAAGGGUGUAGGAAUGGUGUGUAGAGAGGAAGGAAGAGGGAUGGUAGAGAAGGUUGUGGUGUAGGAUGGCCAGAGUAUUUAAAGAAGGAGAGGAUGUAAGAAUAGUGUAAAGGAGAAGAGGAAGAUACAGGGAUGGUAAGGGAGAAGGCAGCAGUGUAGGAUGGCCAGAGUAUGUAGCAAAGAAGAGGAUGUAGGAAUUGUGUGCAAAGGAGAAGAGGAUGAUGAUAACACUCUUUUUUCUGUCAUAUAUAUAUUUUUUUAAAGUAAUAUUUAGACUCCACUAAUCUCUAAUGCCAUAAAAUAUAUAGUUUGAACUCAAAUUGAAUAAAACAACUCCC